AUGGCCGCGGACAGCGCAGGACCUGCAUCAAUUUCCCCGAUCCGGGAUUACGAAUCGGAAACCACGCAUGGCAAUGAGCGGCCGGCAAAGAGACAGAAGGUUGCUGCAGCAUGUGAUCAAUGCAGGGAGAAGAAGAUCAAAUGCGACGGGCGGAAACCACUGUGUCGGCCUUGCGAGCGAAGACACGGCGCAACAGCUCAUUGUGGCUGGGGAUUGAGGAAAACGCGCAGUAUCGGGGCCUCCAAACUCGAGAUUAUGCGCCUGCAGUCCCGGAUCGAUGAACUGGAAAGGUCUGGUCGACAAUCGAACCAAACUAGAAGCAUCGCCCGAUCAUCUACGCCUCCAUUGACUUCGGAUGGGAACCACGAUAGCGACGCCAAUGCGAUGAUGGGACUGUUGGGAGAAGGCAAACCUGGUGGAGGUGGCGUGGUUGAAGAUUCGAGCGCUGCGAGCUUCAUGAAUCGUAUCAAAGCCGCUCUAGAUCAACAACCCACCCCAAAUUCCGCUUCGCAAGUGUCAUCAACCGUCUCACCGGUAGCGACGGCUUCACCCCGAAGAAGACGGUUCAAAACUCCUGACUAUGUCCUUCCUCCCAGACACCAAGCAGACCACCUGUUGGAGGUAUAUUGGAGGAUCGUUGAUGCCCUUUACCCUUUCGUUGAUAAGGAUGAUUUCAUGGACAAAUACCAAACUCUCUGGACUGGAAAUCCUUCAAUGGACGACGAGGUCUGCUUCAUAUGUCUUCUCAACGCCAUCUUUGCGAUUGCCUGCAUUUUGGACUCAUCCAUCCAACCCCAAGAUCGUAUCAGUUCCGGUGAGGUCUUUUACAAACGCGCCGUGGCACAUUUCGACCUCGAGUUCUUGCAGUUCCGCUCGGUGCACACUGUCCAGUGCUUUCUUCUGCUCGCACAGUACCUCCAGAGCACCAGCGAGCCGCAGCAGUGCUGGCUGUUUACCAGCUUGGCCAUCAGGAUCGCUCAAAGCCUUGGGCUCGACCUGCCCUCCACCAGUGCCCAGACUCCCAAUGGCACGCCAAAUGACUUCCUCCGAAAAGUCUGGCACGGCUGCGUUCUGAUGGACCGAACGCUGUCCAUGACCCUCGGUCGUCCCGGAAUCAUCACUCCCCAAGCUGCGGCUUCAGUGCCUAGACCUCAUCCUCAUCCUGGCUCCAGGGAAUGCUCCUGCCACAGAGACCUUUGCGUGUUCGAACCGUCGGCUCCUGACCUCCAUUUCUUCAUCGAAUCUCUUCAGCUAUAUGAAAACAUGAGCGAGACGCUUGCAGCACUUUACAACCCAACAUCCGUAGACGCGCCUGGCCCCGAAGACAGCUAUUCUCCGUAUUUCGGCGGCAGCACGGGCGCAAAAGCAGCUGGGACGGUGCUGGAGAUGGACAGCAAGUACUGGAUCUGGAAAAGACGUCUGCCCCUCCACCUGCAAUACCCCCCGGACUCGUCGUUCGGGUGCAGGAACAUAAUCCACGACCGCCAGGCAAAGGUGCUUUACCUCCGAGACUGUCAUAUUCGGACGCUACUCUUCCGGCCAGUCCUGUCUCGCUUCUGCACGGCAAGCCAGAAUGACCAAGAGUUCUCCGCCAGCGAAGAUGGCCUCGCGCGCAAGCUCGCACUGCAGUGCUCAAUCAUGUGCGUGAAGAGUGCGUUGGAUACUGUCGACUUGUUCGGUAGAGUCCACGCAGAAUGCCGCCUGGAGCUCCUCGACGACUUACUACCCGCUUGGUGGUACAGCAUCUUCUACCUGUACACCGCAGCGACUGUCCUUGUCGCCGCUCGACUCAACCCGGCCGUCGAAGCCGGUGCGGGUGGAGAAGAGGUGAUUAUGAGCGCCGCCCGUACUGCGACGGCCGCGCUGCAACGGUACGGCAGUUUUGGCAAACACGCCAAACGCUGCGCCGCGGCCAUAGCGUUACUUUUCGAUCAGAUCCCGCCACGACGCGAGCCACUCCCUGGAGCUGAGGUCCAGGCAUCGAAUGAGAACAGGGUGACCGGUGUGACGCGAAAACAGCACGGUGGCAUUGACGGGAAUGGGAAUAUACAACGGUCAAGUGUCUUACCUGCAGGCGGCGACAUUAUCAUCAACGGAGACCCCUCGCGCUGGACCUUCAACCAUGACCAAACACAUCAUGAUAGUGGUCCCAGGACGACAGGUCCCACCACUCGCUCUGCCAGAGUCAGCGCCAAAGCCAAUGGCCACUUUGCAGCAGCACCAACGCUCUCAAGCAGCUCUGUAACAGCCACAGCCACAGCCACAACGACGGCACCGGCACCAGCACCAGCAUCAGUCCCAGACUCUAUGCCAUUCAUGCUGACGAGUACCCACGACAUCAACGACACUGGCAUAUUCGAAGCCCACCACCACCACGACCACGAAACCGCCGCUGUGAUGACCGACUUUGAUCACGAUUUCGAUCUCAACCUCCACCUCGAUCUGGGUGGCGACAUGUCCUGGCUGAGUAGCAUCCCUUUUGAUCUGUAUGGGUAG